UCAACAACAAAAAACUGCAUCAAGCGUCAAAAUUAUAAAAAUGUUUUGAAAAAAAUAAAAAAAUAAAUAUGUUCAACAACAUUUUUUGUUUUCGUUUUAGCAAUGGAAGAAGUCCUACCAGAAGGAAAAAAUUUCAGAUUGGUCGAAGAAUCCGAGCUUCCAGAAAUUAUCGAUUUCCUCGGUAAUUUUUUACCCGAUUCUUUAAAGUUUCAUCAAACUUUGAAGACUUUCGUAAACGACAGGGUGUGGGAUUUCCACUUCUACGUAACGAAAAAUUGGCCAGAGCAAGCUGUGAUAUUACAUUUCCCUGGAAUGACUAAAACGCCAAACGACAAACUAUACGAAUCGUUCAGCGUAUUCUGUCCUGGCGACCAGCUAGAAAAUUUGGAAUUACUAGAAACCGAAGACGUACUGAUAGACUGGACUCAACCUAUUUAUCUAAAUUUUACGCACGCGAGAAUAAUGAAUAAAAUCGAAGAGUUUUAUGCGAAAAUUGGAACAAUGGAAAAGCUCGAAGGAGACUUUUACGGACUCGUCGAGCCCCAAUUGGAAGAGACUGAGAGCGAAUUGGUGGUUGCGGAACAAGGCAAAAUGUGUCAACUCAAAAAAGAACACGCUCAAAUCAUUCACGACUUGUAUCCGGCAAACCAUAUGGAGUGCAUAGAAAUAUUUGAGAAAUUGAUUGAAAAGCUUCCAUGUUAUGGAGUAUUUUCUGCUCAAGGUGAUUUAGCUGCAUGGAUGGUCCAGUCCUAUUACGGAGCAAUGUUUUCAAUGCAAACUAGACCCGAAUACAGAAGAAAAGGCUACGGGACAAUAUUGACGAAACGUUUAACAAAAUUGGUAAUAGAAAGAGGCUACCUCCCCUUUGUGGUGAUCCGUCCAGAAAAUGAUGCAUCUUUGGGCCUUUACGCGAAACUAGGAUUCAAAAAGCACUUUAAAACUGUGCGAGCUAUCUUAAGGCCCUAUGAAGAAACUGGCGAGUCUCAGGGAGGCGGAGGAGGUGGCAAGGAGGUAGAACCACAAAGGGAAAUAAUGAAUGGUGAUUUAGAGGUUUAG